AUACUUCAUUUGGCAGGGGAAAAAAACAUUUUCAAAAUUGUACGUUUAAUGCUUGUCCUGUUUGCAAAGAGACAAAUCCAACAUGUCUUCUGUGCUGCAUCUACUUGGUUUCCUGGGGCUUCCUUUGCUGGUAUAUAGUGCCAAUAAUGAUAUGGUGGGGUUGCAGAAAUGUACGGAACUUCUGAAUACCCAAAAGUUGGUCCAAUGUUGUGGAAAGUCCUUUCUUGAUAAGUUUCUGUUCGUCGGCAGCAACUGCACGCCGUAUUGGGAUGACUAUGGUCCUUGCCGCUAUGAGUGUCUGUAUAGGCACUGGCACCUCAUCGACCAGGAUAACCAUAUCAGGAAGCCGGAGCUCUACAUGAUGAUCACCAGCCUCUACAGCCCCUUGAAUGGUUACGCUAAAUACGGAGCCGCCAUGAAGGCAGCCCACGAGACUUGCGAAGCCCUGGGCUCAAGACACGCCGACUUUUUGCUGCUCUACUCCAACCAGGUGUCGGACAGGAUGGGCAUGGCUUCCUCCACCUGCUUGCCAUAUGCCAUGCUCCAUGCCCAGUGCACCAUGGUAUACCUGACCGCCAGCUGUCCGCGUGAGAACUGGAUGGAGGAUGCGCAGUGCAAUAGUCUCCAAAAGCUGUUGUCCAGUUGCACAAAGAAACUGGACGAAAAGACGAACCUACUGAAGGGAAAAGAGGAUGGGCUCACGGACAAGGGGUGCAGGCAUAUAGAUUCAGAGGGACCCCAUCUGCUGCUGGCCAGUUUGCUAACGCUGCUGGUCUCAAAGCUCCUAUCGGAUUAGCAAUUAGGGAU